AUUGUGGAUGUGUGUCAGUCAGGAUAUUUGUUACGCAAAUUGCGGAACUCCAAUGGAUGGCAGAGGUUAUGGACAGAGCUUACCUCGCAUACUCUGUUUUUCUACAAAACUCACAAGGAUACUGCCCCAUUAGCCAACCUCCCACUGCUCGAGUAUAAAUUAUGCAUGCCAUCUGUUGUCGAUCGCAUUGUGGAUGUGUGUCAGUCAGGAUAUUUGUUACGCAAAUUGCGGAACUCCAAUGGAUGGCAGAGGUUAUGGACAGAGCUUACCUCGCAUACUCUGUUUUUCUACAAAACUCACAAGGAUACUGCCCCAUUAGCCAACCUCCCACUGCUCGAGUAUAAAUUAUGCAUGCCAUCUGUUGUCGAUCGCGUGCAUCAUUGCAAUUGUUUCAAGCUGGUGUACUCAACGCACGAGUACUUUUUCCGCACCAGUGGUUCAUAUUCAUUUCAUAGAUGGACCGAAGCGCUGCGCAAAGCCGCAAUCUCCCAAGUGGUGCCAGACGUUGUCACUGCCCUGUCUCUACGAAUCUAA